AUGGCACACUCCAUCUCAACAAACCAGAAGCUUCAUGAGCCCGAGGUCGAGCCGCUACGAAUUAUCAAACGUAGCCAAACCGUUACCAGUCGCAUUUCGAGCUCAAGAUUUGGAGGCGCAGAUGAAUGGGGAAUGGAUGGAUCCCCUUUCUAUGAUGAGGGUGAGGGAAGCCCGCCGGUGGCAGCGAACAGACCUUUAGUGCCUUUGACUAUACACAAAAUAAGAGGGGGUAAGGGUAGAGGCAGUAUCCUAGAUGAUGGUGAUUUGUCCGUCAAGGUUGUGGACAUUGUGAAGCAAGAUCAUCCUGACCAUUCGAAAGACGAUUUUGAACUUACACCAAAAGCAUCUGAAGCGCAGAGGAAUAUAAGCACAGGAAAGUUCUUAAGGACAGAAUUACAUUCUCUGAGUUCAGAAAGAGAUAUCGAAUUUCCAGAUAUUCGAAAAUCAGCUGGCUCUCCAGUAUUACCCCAAAGAAAGAAAUCCAAAUCCAAGUACUCUCUGUUAAGAGCAUUUGGUGGUCGACGGAAUGAGGACCUGGAUCCCUAUUCUACUAUUGGUCGGAGUCAUUCUUCGAGUUCGGCGAAAUCACAUAGCACUCUUCUUCGCAAGCUUUCUCGUAGGAAAUCUUCAGCUUCUACCAUUCAAUCAAUAGCUUCUUCGAGUAUUAGGACUGUUGAUCUCUCUAAUCCCUUUGAUACAAUUGACAAUCAGAGUAUCAAUGAUUCCAGAACCAACUCAAGAGCAUCGUCCUACUACGAUGGCACCAUCACGAUGUCGAACCCACCUACACCUACACCAACACUGGUACCAACACUCUGUUCUUCUAGAGAUGAUAAUUUCGUUCUGUGCCCGCAGAUUUCUGUCACUCCAGAGAGUGCUAGUGUGAAUGCGGGUGUUUGUACAUUAUGGGCUGCUGUUGAGAUCACCGGCGUCCUUAGGAGAGCUGAUGGUACAUCGACAUCAGAUGAUGCCGGUCGCACUUAUAGUACACAGAAUCUUACUCCACGAUAUUUAGACCUUAGAAGUUAUGGCAGUCUCCACAACAUUGCUGUUGAAUUCCAACCUGGGCCAGAUUGUAUCAUAGUUGACCAGCCGGCAGACACCUUUCAAGCUAAGACUAUUCGGGUGAGUGAGACUCAUCUUAUGUUAGUGAAGAUACGAUUGAACGAAGUCAAAAUUUCGCUAUCGCACGCGAAGCAAAGAUCAUCUGAUGAACUGAUCGAAAACCUGAAUGAAAUUCUGGGAGACAUCACUACUCAUUAUUUGACCGUAAAACUCAACUAUAGACACUCAGCUUUCUUAAACUUAAGGUCGCAGGCUGCCGAAGGAGAAUUCAGGCUCUUACCACAACACACUUUGCUGGAAACUAAAGCCACAGCAUCGAUUAAGCGCCAUAAUCCAGCGUCUGCUUGGUCACCUAGAAGCUCUGGGACUCUAAGUUCGAUAGUAGGAGCUAGUGUGCUUACGAAGAUCAUCGAAAAGCAAUUUUCGGCCGAGAAAUCGAGAGAAGCACUUCAGAAGCUCGCGGAAGACAGAGCAACGAUUCCAUAUCCUCGAAGGACCUACGGAUAUUCGUCGGAUAAGGAAAAUCGAAAAUCUACAGCCAGCUCAUUGUCAUGUGUAGAUUCAACUAGCAGCCUACUCUCUCACUCGUUUUCAAUGACAGCCAUCUCAAAUUUCAAUGCUCGAAGUAGCCCCCUUUCCAAACGUCUGGGCUCGCCUUACGACCAUCCAUUAGAUCAAGUAGACAUAGAAAUGGAUCCUGCACGGAAGAUCUGGUCACAAAUGAGAAGGACCUCACGUCCCGCUGGCAAACAUCCUCGGGCGAGUAUCAGCGAUGGAAACUACUUUAGCGCAGAUCCAGACGCGCUAUACGAGUGUACUCCACGAUAUGGAGGUAGCUUAAGAAGUCCGAAUCUCUCUAUUUUUGAACCGUCUGAUAAUCUCCUGGACACUUCACUUGAAUUGACGCCAAAAGCGAAACGCGAUCGACUUUCGAGGGGGAAAAGUACAAAUGAUGUGAUUGAUGACGAUAGACAUCACCUUAGAGAGAUGGCGUUGAGGAAUAAGAGAAGCGUGGGGCAAGAAACAUUGAGGAGUAUGGUACCUAGUACUCAUAGUGGGGGAAACGUGUUCGGGGGUAGGCACGGUGGCGUCUUAGGGGCCGUAGCGGGAGUAGGAUUACCAGGUAGAAAUUGGGGGCAAUGGUUGCCUUGGGGGGGUUAG